AUGAGUCUGAUUGUGAUUGAAUUAUUUGGGAUUGUUAUAGCAUUACUCCUUUGUGUAUUCGUCUCAGCAGCCUGGUAUCUUCACCAACAACAUCAAAAGUAUGACCAUCUUCCCGGUCCACCCAGGGACAGAUUUCUUGGCUAUGGACUUGAAGCACAGACUGAUAGUAAACAUUGGAUUCUACAGCGAAUGCACCUUGAACAAUGGUUCAAACCACAUUUCAUUCGGCAAUUUGCAUCUGAAUUCAAUGAGUUUGCCGAUCAAUUUAUAGAGCAGUUGGAGGCUCGAGCGGACGGCAUGACAGAGAUACACACAUUAUCUUUGUUUAACAAAAUGACGAUGCAUCUGUUAAAUAAGGUAGCGUUUAAUGUUGAUUUGGGUCCAUUGAGUGGAGAAAGCCACCCCUUUACCAUGAAUAUGAAGACUGCUUUAAAAGGAUUUGAAGCGAUGACGUCAAAUCCUUUGAUAGCUAUAAAUCCAUUCAAGUGGAGAUAUCGUCAGGAAGUUCGAGAUGCUUUAAACUUUGUCAGACAAGGUGCCAAACAGCAGAUACUCGAUAGGAAAUUGGCAAAAAGUAAAGGCGACUACAUACCCCAUGACCUAUUGGAAUAUAUAAUGGAACUAAAAGGACAAGAAACCUCGGCCAACACCUUGAGUUUCAUGAUUUAUCUUCUCGGACAGAACCCGGAAUGCUACAAAAAGUUACAAAGAGAGGUUGAUGAAAACGUGGGUGCAGUGUCUGUUAUCACCCUAAAUGAGGUAGAGAAGUUAACAUACCUGGACAUGGUAUUGAAGGAGACAUUAAGACUCUACCCUGUAGGUAAACUGACCGCUCGUGAGACAUCAAAGGAAUACUGUCUCGGCGGUUAUCAACUUCCACCCGGAACUGACAUGAUUGUUAGUUUCUACGCCACAUCAAGGAUAGAGCAAAAUAUCAGAAAAGCCACAGAGUUUUUACCGGAACGAUACGACGUUGGCAAUUCAGAGAAAUUUAGCAAGUAUGCUGCAACGCCAUUCUCAGCUGGGCCUCAUACUUGCAUUGGGAGGAAAUUUGCAGAGAUAGAAAUUAAAGUCAUGAUUGCCAAGAUCAUGCAAAUUUUUGACUUUGAAUUGGUUCCCGGCCAAAGUAGCGAAUUAGAAGGCAGUUCGACGCUUCAAAUGAAAAGUGGCGUCAAAUGUUUCUUUCGCCAAAGGAAAAUGGAAUAA